AUGUCACGACCGAUGACUCGAGGUUGUGCAGCCAAGCGAAAAUCGAGCAAGACAGACAUUGACAACUUUGAUCAAGAAGAGCAGUUAAAUCGAGCCUCGGUGGAUGAGGUUGACCAGGUCGUGCAGCAAGACGAUGAAGUCCAACUAAGAGAAACCCGUCAUGAGGCGACACCCAAAACAAAUACCAACGUCAAUCAUCGUCAAGUAACACGAAAACGACAGAAGGUUGAACAAUCUGCUCCUCCAACUGCGAGCGAAUUCGUGGAGAUCGAAUAUGUCCGCCAGUUGAGACAUAACUUCUCACCAAAGAAGGGUUUGGCUGGUGACCUGCCUCCAAUCCAUGACCUCAAGCAGAUCUUUGAGCAGAUUACUCUUCAUUCUAUUCAAGAAGAUGGAUUCAAGGGGUUUAUACAAUCUCUUAAUGGACGUCAGCUACGCGUAGCCACGGUUUGUUCGGGCACAGAGAGUCCUAUUCUGGCUCUUGAGAUGGUUGUAUCAGAACUGAAGAAGUUGAAUAUCCCUUUUUCCUUCAAACAUCUCUUUAGUGCGGAAAUUGUCGAGUACAAACAAGCAUAUAUCGAGAGAAACUUUCGCCCUCCUCUACUUUUCAGAGAUGCAAUAGAGCUUCAUAGAGAGUUUGCAUACACGGCAUAUGGAGCAAAAAGAAAAGUGCCAACACGACCAGAUCUCCUCGUCGCCGGCUUCCCUUGCGUUGAUUACUCCAACCUGAACAACUGGCGUAAGAAGUUUGGAGAGCGUGGCGAGUCCAACGAUACCCUAAGAGGUCUUCUGGCAUACUGCGAAAUCCACCGACCCAAGAUUAUCAUCCUUGAAAACAUAACCAAUGCGCCUUGGGCUGCCAUUGGACGUGCUUUCGAAAAAGUUGGAUACUGUUUCCGUCAUGUAAAGGUAGAUACCAAAGAUUUCUACCUUCCGCAGACCCGUGAAAGAGGAUAUGCUCUGUGUGUCGAAAAAUCUCUUGUCUCAAAUGGUGAUAAAAUGCUGAAUGAGUGGGUCAGCGUCUUCUCUGGCUUUGGGCGCCGAGCAAGUUCUCCUUUCACAGAGUUUAUCGAUGCUGAUGACGACGUUAUCGAGCAACGAAAGCUUGAGCGUCCACCUGUAGCAGAACCAAGGUCGUCGCCUAUUUGGUCCCUUUACAAGAUCAGACAUGCAGAUGUUCGACGAGCAACCACUUUUGGUAAUGGGAGGCCAAUCACGCAUUGGGAGGAAGGUGGUAAGUGCUGUCCUGCUACAUGGAUGGACCUGCCAUGGUUCUUCUCUCAGGUGGAAAGAGUCUGGGACACGAUUGAUGUCAACCAUUUGCGAACUUUGGCAGUUGGUGGCUAUGACAAUACAUAUAAGAUCCGAUGCAUUGACGUUUCUCAAGGGGUAGAUCGAGACAUGGAUACAAAGCCUUUCGGUAUCAUGGGUUGUAUAACCCCCUGUGGUAUGCUAUACUCUACAGCUCGUGGAGGUCAAGUCCAGGGACGUGAGUUGCUAUCGAUGCAGGGAUUGCCACUGAAUAGACUGUCAUUGACAAGAGAGUCGCAAUCCCAGAUGCAAGAUCUAGCUGGCAAUGCAAUGAGUACUACUGUCGUUGGACCAGCGAUUAUAGCAGCCCUCACAGUUUGUCAUUCUGUUCUAAGAGUUGAAAACGAAGAACAGCAGAUGAUCGACAUUGACGAUCAUAUAGAGGAGAGUAUGCCUGCCGUCUCGUUGAUGAGCUCCUACUUAACGAAUAUGAAAACAGUAGCCUCGUGGGACAAGACAAGGGUCGGUUGGCUUCCUUACAUCCAGGCAUCUGCCGGGUUGACUGCAAGUCUCUGCAGUUGCGAAGGCCCAUACGGAAUUGGGCGAUACGGUCUCUAUCGAUGCAUGGAUUGUGGAUUCACAGCUUGUGCAGCUUGCAAAGUGAAUCCUGUUCAUAAUUACAAUUCAAUUCCAGUAUCGCAACUCAGAGCUCGCAGAGAUCCAAAAGUCUUUCGAGAAAUGCUGCUAUACAGCCUUCCAGCUUUGAUACAGCCACCACCACUCCCGAUGAACCUCUAUCGAACAAUGUUAGACCAGUAUUCAACAACCCCAGAAACUACAAAAAUAUGGAAGCAAUAUCUCGAAACCGUCACGUUUGUUUGUCAGGAUACUCUCAUGUUCAAGUCUAUCAAGCGAAGACAUAUUUGGACAGUAGUAUAUGAAGGGGCUAAUUCGACUCUUCAGCUGACAAUCAACGCGCAAGGUAUGCAUUGGAAGUUGUUCGCCAAAGCACCAAACGACGAACCGGCUAGAAGCUAUUUCAGAGAAGUAGUUCGUCAUCCAAUAGCAAGAAUGAAAGUUCUUCAACACGGUUCGUCCCUGCUAGACGGAGAAUGGCAAAUUUGUGGUCCCUUAUCGAGAAAGGACAAAACAAUUUAUCUGCAAGGUACUGGUGACUUGUUGCCCUCCUAUGAGAAUAUGUGCGGCCUUCCAGAUUCAGCUCAGAAAAAGGUUUGGAGCGGCAUCCUUGUCGGCGCUCUAGAUGAGGCCAUAAAAGGGCUGUCCUUGGAUAUUCGCGGGUAUUAUGAGCGGAUACCCAGCUGUGGAGGAGCAUUACAAUCAUUGCAUCGUCGCAUCUCCCAAGAAACAAAAAAACCAGAUUUGUUCCUGUUUUUGGAUCCGAGGACUCUGGGGCCUAGUCAACUCGAUUCUUGGGUAUUCUCGACGGAUCCUCGACGUAAGACUGAUGAUUCGCAGAGAGAUAUUCUUUUGCAGUUGGACAGUAAAUGGAGUUACCAGGAUCUACUGCAUCUGGGAGGUUCUACCGUUUUGGCAUCUCAUCGAAAAUGGAUUGAUGUUGGAAUUAUGUCCCUGGUUGACCGCGACUCAGAGAACGGAUUUGCUAGUCGCAUACUCAGCUCCCAGAUCACAUUCCAGCUAAACAGCCAAAGCUGCUAUGACUGUUAUCUCCCGCUUUUGGCGGCAUGUGCUGAUGUGACAGGCACACCGGAAGAACAGCAUUCAUGGGAAGUAGUAGAAACAAGCAACCUCCAAGGAAUGAACGAAUUUGCAUGGACCUGGGCCAGAUUCUCAGCAUGGUCUCCUUGUGAAAAUUGGAAGCCUGUCGAUAUUGAUUUUGAAAUCUGCGGACGUUGUUUCCCUGAGCAGCCAAAGAUGGCAUGGGCAAUUCUCAGAGGGAAGGAACGUCCCACUGAAGAUCCUGCGGAUGCAGCAAGAUGUGAGCGUGACUAUAAACUGAGACCUUCUCCAUUCUACCUCUUUGGAAAAUUGGAUAGUCUCAAAGAUGGAGAGAAUAAGCAAAGACGACACAAGUGUGUUGCUCUGAAUGUAAAGACAAUGUUUCAUCGUGCUUGUGGAGCUAUAGCACAUCGUCAAGACGACAGCACGGCAGUGGAUUUUUACUGGCGAAUAGGAAGUAACGACGACACAGAUAUUCCUCGUCCAGGAAGCUAUCGCAUAUUAAACAACAAUGGUGAACCUGGAGCAGCACAACCUCCUCAGUUCAAAAUCCUGAUGAGGCCAGACCAGUUGCGAUCCCUUCGAUGGGUACUGUCACGCGAAUCGGAUCAGCAGGUAGCCUUCCCAGAAGAAGAAGUGGAAGAGGCUAUUUUAGCCCCUUUGAACUGGAGAGCAGAGGCAAAAGUCGUCGUGCAUCGUAAAAUUAGGGGCGGGAUCCUUGCGGACCAUGUUGGCUUUGGCAAAACCGCCGUGAUUUUGGGUCUAAUAGACUGCCAGCACGAAAAGGACGUAUUAGAGUCAGAAGAACCGUGCAAUAAUGGGAUCCCUCUAAAGGCCACCUGCAUUGUCGUACCUGACAUCUUGUUUGACCAAUGGCGAGGCGAGAUAGGACGAUUUCUUGGAGAAAAGUACACCGUUCUUGAGAUUGACAAUAUCCUCACACUGAAUUCAACUCCAGUAAAGGCAUUGAAGUCGGCAGAUAUUGUUCUUGUUUCAUGGACAACGUUUACGGGUGCUUUGUACUUCAAGAGAUUGGAGGAAGUUGCUGGAGGGCCAUGCCCUCCUAAAACGAAUAGUAGUGUGCGAAUGUUCGAAGCCUGGUCCGAAGAUGUGCUGGGUUCAGUAGAGACCCAGGUCAGUGCAUUGCAAAAUGGAGGUCCGGAAGCGUUUCUGAGCGCCAUUGAUCGUAAGCGAAGCUCCAUAUGGGGUAUCGAUGCUUACAAUCGGUAUCUGCCGUCUAGAAAGCUCGCAGGCAAGAGGGGAGGAAAGUUCAAACCCGAUGACGACCCUUUGAUUGCCGGUCAAGCAGCUGAGGACAUACCUGAAACUUCUGUUCCUCGUUUGUCCGAGGAAACAGCUCAUGGUAGCUGCAAAGAUACCUUGCCGAAGGAGAAGGCCGAAUCCCAGAACGAAACAAAUCAGAAGGUGCUUGACAGGUCCGCUUUCGGGAUCCCUAAAACCAAGCAGACAUCGGUCGAGGAUGUAAGAAACACCGUGUUCCACAUGUAUCGGUUUCAAAGGCUGGUUAUCGAUGAGUUCACAUAUUUGAAUCAAGAUCGCCAUGCCCUACUGGCUUCUCUCAAAGCACGUUCACGGUGGAUAAUGUCCGGCACCCCUCCCAUCAAAGGCUUUGCAUCAGCAGAGCGAAUGGCUCGACUGCUCAACGUAUACCUCGGCAGGCCCAGCGAUGAGGAUUACGAGAAGAGCAAAUACAAGCGGUCAGAAACCGAAAACUUCCAUUUCUUCAGGGAGGUUCCGAGUAGGGGAUGGCAGUUCCGCCGCAACGGCCUUGCACAGCAUUUUUGUGACGUGUUCAUGCGCCAGAACACUCCCGACAUACCGCCCAUCAAAUGGACAGUUCACUAUCACCCGGCAGUUCUCUCUGCUGUCGAGAGGGUGUUGUAUCUUGAGCUGAAGCUUUUUUACGAAUCAUACAACCCAAAUACAACAGGUGAGAAAAGGGAGAAGUACAGUCAUGAUCAACGCGGCAGAGUAAGCGAAAUUGUCGAUUCAUGCGACAGUCCGGAGCAGAGCCUGAUCAAACGCUCCUCAUACUAUGAUGACUUGCCUCGUUGGAGUACUACAGAUGAGAGAAUUGACACAGCGCUCAAAUUCAUGAAGCAUAGACGCAGAGAAGCAGUAAAGGUUCUCAGCGAGCUCACAAUACAGGCAAAGGCCAUCGCUUGGUUACUACAUCAACUUGGUCAGAGCGAUCCUCGAUUUGAUGCACUCAAAGCCAGCUUUGAUUCAAACGACUGUGGUGACACUGAUGUUUCAAUUAAAGCCCACAAUUUAAUUGAUGAAGCUCUCAAGUCAUAUCAAGAAGGUGACUGGAAACAAUUCUGGCAUUCACCGAACGGACGCUCGGUCAAGAUUGUCAGCGGGAUGACCGAUAUCGACUGUGACGAGACUGAGGAAGAUGAAGAAAUUGCUGAUGAGGAAGAAGUAGCCCGAGGAGACAAUGUAGAUGCCAACAAUGAAUAUGUCCCUCUGUCGCAGCGAGAGAAACGGACAACUCAACAUAAGAAGACUGACUUGAGACCAUUACCCAACGACAAAUCUGAGCAGGAAAAGGAACUUCGAGAAUGGACCAACAGAUACAGGGUGAAUGUCCUUGCCUUGGUGGAGCGAAUAAGGGCGUUAAGAUUUGCGGAAUCGGCCUAUGCUUUCCAGGAUUGGAGUGCUAUACCAGACUGCCAGAGCUGCGAACGGAACAACAGCCGCACUCGAAAGGAACAUAAUGUCCUAGGCAAAUGUGGGCAUAUCGUCUGCACAUCUUGCCUCAACAAUGUGCUCAGCGACAACAAGUGCACUGUCGGUGACUGUCGCGCAGCUGUAGACAAGCAAUAUGUAAUUCCAGGUUCACAUUUUGCCAUGUGUCGUUCCAUAAAUAUACCCACUCCUUCAGGUGGAACAAAAGUCGACGCACUAGUCGGGCUCUUGAAGGAUGAAAGCUUGAUUCCAAAAGAGGAUCAAGUGAUUCUCUUCCUACAGUUUCCGGAUUUGGAGGAGACUGUGACGGCAGCAUUUCAGCUACAUAAUAUCUCCUACGUCUCAGUAGGGACGACUGGUCGACGCGGCAGGAACAGGAUCAAGACAUUUGCAGGCCAUGACAAGAAAGUCGCCAUUCUUCAUUUGGGUACUGAAAAUGCUGCAGGGCUCAACCUCCAAAACGCCAAUCAUGUCAUAUUCUUCGCCCCAUUCGCAGCCAAGAGUCACUAUGAGUAUCAGAGCACUAUAACCCAGUCAAGUGGCCGCGUCAUCCGUUUCGGGCAAAAGAAAGAAGUGCAUAUCUGGAAUCUGGUGACGCUCAACACGCUCGAGGUUGGUAUACUUCAGGGGCAGGAUGGGCGUGUUCUUGUCAGACGUGCUAGCGGAGAGUAUGAGCUUGUUCUCGAGGAUGAAGUGAAGGUGAAUGAUGUGAAGGGGUUUGAGGUUCCCGUGUUCGAUUGGAAGUAG